AUGGACGGGGUUGCUAUGGGAUCACCACUUGGUCCGUUGCUAGCUGACAUCUUCGUGGCCAAACUAGAAAGGAGCAAGCUGAGCCAAACUAUUGAAGGAUUAGCACACUACAGUAGAUAUAUGGAUGAUAUCUUCUGUGUGACCGAUCGUAAACAUGACAUUCAACAGAUAUUGAACUUGUUUAACGAAGAACAUCCAUCACUGGAAUUCACUGUAAAGGUUGAAACGAACGACAUAUUGGCCUUUCUGGAUGCAGCCGUGUCCAGGAAAGAACUUACUUACAGAUCCACAGAAAGAAAACAUCAAGUGGACAAUAUACCAACUUCCAUAGUUUCGUUCCUGUGA